UCAUACCGGACGAACCACGCCCUACACAAUCCAGACCUGCCGCUUCGAGUUUUCCGACGAGCCAUCGCAGCCUAGCUCUUCGCCUCCACCCGGUCUCUCUCAGAAAUCAGGCUUAAGAAGGUCGACCAUGGUGAAAACGAAAUCCCAAUCGAAGAAGUCCAAAAGAGGCGGCGUGGAUUUCAAAAAAUUUAAGCGGAAAAUCGGCCGCAAACUGCCUCCUCCGAAGAACUCUACCAACACCGAAAUAAAAUCUAAAGCGAUAGUACUUCCAGAGCAAAGUAUAGCUUCUGAAAGGGCUGGUUUAGCAACCAGCAAAAGGGGGUUGACGUUGAAGGAGCUUCUUCAGCAGACAAGUCAUCAUAAUGCAAAAUCCCGUAAAGAUGCAUUGCAUGGUAUCAAAGAUAUACUCCUGAACAACCCUGAUGAGCUGAAGUUACAUAAACUUUCUGUUGUUGAAAAACUUCGUGAACGAAUUGGUGAUGAUGAUGAGUUUGUCCGUGAAACGCUUUAUCAACUUUUUAAGUCAGUGAUUUUCCCUGGUGGUACAAAGGACAACCAAGGGCCAGUUGUUUCUUUGAUGAUGGCAUAUGUUUUUAAUGCUAUGGCCCAUUUAGUACUUGAUGUUCGUUUGAUGGCUUUCAAAUUUUCCGACCUUGUUGUCCAGUUCUACCCCUCUUCUUUCCCCUUUUAUGCUGAAAAAGUUCUCCAAAACUAUGAAAAUUUCCUACGGAAGAACCAGUUUUUAGAGGAUAAGAGCAAAUUAAAGAGCAUUCUAUCUGGACUGGUUCGUUGCUUAUCACUAUUGCCAUGCGAAGACAGAGAACACGCGGCAGCUAAAAAUGAUAUUGCAGCUCCUGUAAUUCUUCAUGCUUUUGAGCCUGAGAUUGCAAUAGAACCUAUUGGCCUUGUGGAUUUUACCAGGCAAUUAAAGGAUAUUUUGCCUAUUUUAGUUGCUUGUUUCCAUGAUUUCAUACCAUUGAUGCAUAGCACCUCCCAACUAGAUCUGCAAUCAUGUGAGUGUAUGCAGUUUUUACUUCAGAGUAUAGAAAUCAUAGUCAAACUUUUUGUUGGUGGGAUUUCUGAAAGUGAAUCGGAUACAAAGAUUAUUCCAUUGUGCGGGAAGCCUGGUUUGACUGCAUGCAAUAAGUUACUACCACCGAUGAUAUUAAAGAAGUUAUGGGAUGCCUAUCCUCUCAACCUAGUUCAUCUUACGAGAAAGGAUUAUCGACGAAUAUCAAUGCUGAAUACAACAAUUACCCAAAUAUUUUUGCAGUUGAAAAACUGGGACCAGUCUCCUUCGGUUUUGUUGGAUAAGUUUUUGGAAUUCAUUGAAAGCUCAAUGGCUACAAAGAUGCAAUCAGGUAAGAUUGUCCAUGAGAAAGACUUGGUUCCACUUAUACCAUACAUACCAAAAUUAGUAAUGCAAAUCUCUGGUAGCUGGAGGCCUCGUAUCCUUCAGGCUUUUACUGAGGUUUUCAAGAACUCCAGUCCAGAGUCUCCCAUGAAAUUAGCUUGCAUUAUUGCAAUUGAAGAAAUGCUUGCUCUUGGAAGGAGCUCAAUUUACCUUGAUGAGAGUGAUCCUUCUUUGUUAUCCUAUCAGAUCAGUUGGAUACAGGAUCUUCCUUCACUGCUGAUUUUGUUAGAUGACAAAAGUCCUGCAUGUUCAAAGGCUGUGUUACGACUUCUUUUGUACAUAGGGCAAUGUGCUCCACUUGACUCUCCAUUCUCACGAGAGUUUGAUACUUUGCAGUUUAGAUUUAAAGAUUUCUUUUGCAAACUAGUUGAAAAUGACAAAUGCUUUGGUCCCUUCAUAAGGCAUGCAGGAGAUAUUAAGGAGCUUGCCAUUUGUUGCCUUUAUUACUUCUCUUACAUGGACUCUCUGCUUCUGCAGUCACUUGUUUCAUGUUGCUUAUGCAAUGUUCUUGAGCCGUUAUUCAUUUCCCGUAUCUUUGAAGUUCUGCAAUCUUCCUUUAGAGCUGGGCAUAUCCUGGUAGCAGACUAUAUAAGUAUCCAUGUCACUUUACUCUCACGGUUUCAAGUUUAUCCAGAUCCAGUCACUGAGAGUGAUGGGAAAUCACACUGGAAGACAUUUAAGAAUGUUACUAGAGUUGUCUGUUCAUCUUUGUCACAGAUUGGUGAUGAUAAUCUUGUCUUGCAGAUGCUGGAGAAGAUAAUUGUCGAUCAAAUUUGUUCGGAUAUACCUUUGGACAAUAAGUGCGCCUUUGUCAGAUUGCUUCUCACACUUGACUCAAAGCCGUCAAGACUUUCGGAUCUGAGUGUUGUGAGCAUGAGCCAUGUUCUUCCACAAUACAUGACCUCUGUGUUAUCUAAUGUUCGGUACAAUGAUGAAGAUUCAAUGUCUGUGAUCAGUGUAAAAAGAAGACAAUAUUACUUACUACCUUGCUUUUAUCUAAUUUAUGGGAGCAAAAGGUUAUUAAGUCUUGUGUUAAAUGUGAUGGGAUCUUGGGUAUCUGAGGCUAGUUCCUCAGUUGAUCGUUCGAAUACAAUAUGUAGCAUUGCCUCAGUACUCCUUCUAAUGUAUGAAGACGUCAAGGUCCGUCAGAUUCUUCCAUCGUGCAAGAUUGAGAUGGCAAGUGUGUUACAGAAUAUGCUCAACGUACUGACUUGUGGUGAAGGGCCAAACAUGACUUUGGAGGAAAGGUAUAACAUUGAGAGGGCAUACAAUCAGUUGAGAGCAAUCACCAACACUGAGUAGCAGUAUAGCUAUCACUCCGGAGAAGGGAGAAAGUACCAUCUUUCCUAUCUUUCGACUAAAUUCUCCAAGCCACGUUCCUCCAAUUGUUGUUUAUUUACAGUAGAAUGAAUCUCGUGAAGGAGGGAGCUGGUUUCUGCUGUGAAUGUCUCUCGGUGAACUUUUUCUUGUAGUUCUCUCCCAGAAUUCUUGAUCAACAAGGGGAAGUCAUGCCCGAUAAAAGCCCUCAGCCUGCAGGCCGCCCAACUACAUGUACACCCAACCAUCCAUACCUCAAGGACUGAGGCGUCGUUGAAUGCAAAUCGCAUAGUUGACAUCUCGGAUGCUUUUCAUUGUUUAGCAAAUCACCUUUUCCUCUCGUAUGUAUCAGCCAGUAAUGUGCAUAUUUUGAUUUAGAUAGAGCCAUUAAUUUUUUUUCUUAACCCGAGCUAGUUUGUGUCACUGUCUCCUCAACCUAGAAUUUAAGCUUAGGAAAAUUUUGUUCGUAUGCUAUAAAGAGAUGGUUACACUUUUUGUCAUUUGUAACCAUUUUUUAUUCGUAGAUUACCCAGUCUAAAGAGCAGACAAUACGAUCAAAGGACUGAAUAUAUUAUUUGAUGGUAUUACACAAUAUUCAAAUUAUGUUCAGUUUAUAUUAGUCAA